GCUCCGCCCGCGGGGCCCGCCGGGCACGCCCCGACGCGCGAGGCGCGCGGCCGAUGCGGCGGCGUCUUCCGCGCGGAGCACCCUGGGGGCCCAGGGCGCGCGCCCUGCCCAUCGAUGUGGAACGCGACGGAGGUGCGGGAGUUCGGGCGGCGACGCGGGGCUACUGGGGCGCGCCUGGACCAGUGCACGCUGGGCGGACGGACGAGGAAGCCCACUUGCCUCAGCGGAACGGCGCUCGGAUUCGACCAGAUGAACGGAAUGCGCUGCGACAGAGCUCGUGCCCAAGUGUCCGCCGAGGGCAAGCUGGAGGACUGCUCCUUCCGCGCCGGCCCCCUGGCCUCGUGCCCGACGGAGAUGCGCGAGAAGCUGGGCGCCCCGGCGCCGGCGUCGCUCGGCCACUUCAGCGCGGGCGGCGCGGGGGGCGCGGGGCGGCGAAGACAGCCCGAGGCGGGCAGCGCAGUGGCGGCGCGGGGCGGGCGCAGUGCCGCAAGACCCGCGGUGGCGCUGGGAAACGAGGACGUGCUCAGAGACUGUGGCCCGGAGCUGCACGGCCCGCAGAUGGCCCUCUACCAACGCGUCGACGACGGGGCUGCAAUGGCAAGGGGGCCGACGGGGGCCAGCAUGGCCGCGACCGCCAUGCGCGCGCUGGGGGGCGCGCGCGCGGAGGCGGGGUUCGUGGCGGCAGAUCGCGUCGAGGCCGUGGACACGCAGACGGUGCCGGGCUACAUCCCGCAGAGGGCCCCCGCCCAGCUCCGCCUGCCCGCCCGAGCACGAGAGCUGGCGACGCUGCUGGGGGCGAUGGCGGCGGGGAGGAAUGCAUUCGCAGACGACCUCAGGUCGCUGCUUGGCGCGUGGAUCUGGGGGGCCCUCCUGAGGAGAGAAGCGCCGUGCAUCCCCAGCGCCGUGUUCGGGCCGCUGGGGCGGCGCUACCCUCAGCAGAGAGUGGGGCCCUGGAUGUCUGCGCGCAGGGAGCUGAGGGCCACGGCGAAGGUGGCGCCCCUGAUGCGCGCCGACCCGGGGGCCAAGCCCGCCCCGGUGUACUUCGCAGCGGACGCGAUGGGCGCCGGCGACCUGGGCCACGGCGGCAGGGGGAUUCUGGCGGCCGACGCGAGCAAGGAUAUCGCCAGGGACUUCAUCGACGCGGGGGGGGGGCUGGGGUGCACGGCGGCGCGGUUGGACGGCGAGCCCUCGGGGCUACGGCGGCCAGAACAGGUGAUCCGCAGGCUUGAUAAUACAUCUCUGGAGAAGGCCAAGCCGCGCACCCUGGUCACCUACAGGGCAGCGGCGAUGAAGUUCGCGAAUUGUCUGGACGGAAGCGGUUUUGCUCCCGACGGGCCCGUCGAAUACAAUAACGACGAAAAGUUCACCGAGUGCAACUUCGAGUGCGCAGCGGCCGCAGCGGUGUUCGUCUUCCCACGUUUGAGGAGGAAGCUGGCCUGGGCCCGUGUAACUAUCGAUGCACUGAGGGUCGCAGCAGCAGUAAAGCAUGCGCCGCCCCUGGGGCGGGCGCUGGCGAACCUGGCGGCGACGCGCGUUGCCUGCCUGGGAGUGCCGCGCCUGGCAGUCGGACUGCUGCUCCAGGCGAUCAAGGAGCAGGGGCGCUGGCUCACGGAGUCCAGUCUCAGCAUCUACGUGGACGUUUUCACCGCCUCAAGAGUCCUAGACCAGGCGGAGCAGCAAGGAAUCAAACGUCUGGUCAGAGAAGCGGGGCAGCAGCUGGCCCUCUACCUCCCGCAGGACAUCUUCGGCGAGACCGAGGCGAUCGGCCUGGGGGCAGCGGUGGACGACCUCUUCGACCCGCAGCCGCCGCGGCCGGCGGCAGCGGCAGCGGCGGCGGCAGCGGGGCCCCCGCCACCCCGGGCGGCUGGGGGGCUGGCCCCGCUGGCCGCCGUGGCUCAGCAGCCACCGCGUGCGGCCAGGGCGACUGCAGCCGGCAGGAGCGGCUGGGCGCUGCUGCGCGCUGCUGCGCGCGGGCGCGGCCGCGGCCCGCCGGGCCUGGAGGGCCCCCGGCCGAGGGGUCACGUGGGCGGGUUCCUGGCCUGGCUCUACCUGGCGACGCCGAUCGGACACCUCGGCGCCAUCCCGGGCGCGGCGGCGGAGAUGUCGGUCUCCGCGGGCCACGUCGCUGACGAAGGGCUGGCGGCGGUGGUGGCCGCGGCCCAAGGCGCGUCGGACAUCGCGCUGCGGUCUUCGAAGCAGUCCGCGAGCCUGCUCGACGAGGCCUGGCGAGGAAUCGCCCUUAUCAACCUUGCGGUACAUCGGCGCCAUGAAGAGCGCAUGGCGGACGACCCCGACCUGCUCAAGAGCUACGCUGGCCAGGCCAAUAUCGCACCAGGGUUCAUCGGCCUCCGCGCGAUUGACCGCCGGGCGUCCUUCGAGGUCAGAUGGGCAAGCCUAGCGCGGGGCGCCCUCGACCUCGGCGCGCGGGCAGAGCGAGAGGCCAUCCUGCAGCAGCUGAACGACUCGUGGAGCCGUCUCCUUCUGCCGGCGAUCAAGUGCGCAUCCAUGACAGACAAGGAGCUGGCGGCCGCGAG